AUGAGCCCUGCACAAUUCCAUGCAAAGAAGGAAAUGAUCAAUAACAAUGCCUUCUGUCCACCUCCCUUGAAAGUCAAUAAGGACUCCCAUCUCAUCAAGAAACCAUCGUCUACAUCAUCGUCUACGUCACCGUCGUCUUCAUCGUCGUCUAUUAAUGGUUUAACGGGGCCGAACAAGCCCCAACAACGCCACCCGGUCAUAAUCUACACUCAUUCUCCAAAGGUAAUUCAUACGCACCCUAGCGACUUCAUGGCAUUGGUGCAAAAACUCACUGGACUAUCGCGCUCCGAUGACGAGGAGGCUGUUGCCACGCAGCAUGAUCAUCAUCGAAAAUCCGAACCCGGAAAUGAUGCCGAUUUGAAAAUAUUGAACUCGGAUCACGAGAACAAGAACAAGAAUAUUGGACUAGGAAACCAUGAUGAUAAUGAGUCGUCUUCAGUUGUUACUGACGAGAAUUGUAGCAGCAUAGGUGAUUUCGGGCAAGUGAUCAAUUCUUGUUUUGUGUCGCCAAUUUUUGAGCCACCGACGAAUGCAUACAUGACAAAUCUUCCGGUAUUCACACCGAAUUCGACGGAGUUCUUGUGCUCCAAUCAACCUUUCUAUAACUACAACGAUCCUUUGUUUUUAACGUCUGGCAUGACCAUGGGGAUUAAUGAGUUCUGCGACUAUUAAACAAGGUUUUUAAUAACUUU